AGCUGGAGCGAGCAUUGGUCCGUCCGGUCUCCUCUUCCGCGGCGUCUUCUCCGCGUCCGUCGUCGGAUCCCCCUGGCUGUGUGGUCCGCGUCGCGGCAGAAAAGCAGCGAGCUUCGGGAAGGAACAACAUUGACAGCGGGAAGGGACUCCGCCGGCCUACUCGUCCGCCCGGCGAGGCUUCUCAAUAACGCACGGAGGCCCUGCAGUGUGUCGCAGCCUCCCGGAGGCCUCCGGCGCCGAGUGGUGGAAAUGGACGCCUUCAGCGGAAGUCUGGACGACAGCAUGUCAGGUGUGAGCGUGUCGGACGUCAACGAUCGUCUGUGUGCUCUGGAGCUUCGUGUGCAGCAGCAGGAGGACGAGCUGACUGUGAUGAAAGCAGCUCUCGCUGACGUUCUCCGUCGUCUGGCAGCUUCUGAAGACUCUGCUGCCUCCGCCAAGAAGCAGGCGGGAAAAGCCUUCUCCAACUUGUGCAUCACAAACGGAGGAACUUCUGGACGGAAGAGAGAGUCCACCUCCGUCACCAGGAAGGAAACUUUGUCGUCUGCUGCUAAGAGCGGAAGUGAGAUGAAAAAGGAGGCCAGCAGCCCGAAGCCUCAGAUGGAGGAGAUCCAUGAGCACCCAAAGGACAGUCCCCCUCCCCCGCCCCCCCACCACCCCCCCACAGCACAAACGCCCCAGAGACCAACGCAGCAGACGGCGGACAGUAGUAAAGGCCACGCCCCUCCCAAAAGGGGCCCCAGCGUGAAGCGCUCUUCAGGUAUAGAACGUUCCAUGAGUAACACCUGGGACUCGCCCGAUGACAACAGAGUCAAGCUGGUGAAAGCUGCGUCUACCUCCAAACUGCUGGCCAAGGUGGUGAAGAAUGCUGACAGGCACAAAGAGCUGGUGGUGAGCCAAGCCAAAAUGUCGACUCGAGAGAAAAACAGCCAAGCCGAGGGCAACUCCAUCAAGAUGUUCAUGCGCGGGCGUCCCAUCACCAUGUUCCUGCCCUCAAACGUGGAAAACUACGAGGAGGUUCGCACUGAGCUUCCUCCUGAGAAACUCAAGCUGGAGUGGGUGUAUGGCUACCGUGGCAGAGAAUGUCGAGCAAACGUCUACCUGCUGCCCACCGGAGAGAUCGUGUACUUCAUCGCCUCGGUGGUGGUCCUGUUCAACUACGAGGAGCGGACUCAGCGACAUUACAUCGGCCACACAGACUGCGUCAAGUGCCUCGCCAUCCACCCCGACAAGAUCCGCAUCGCCACGGGCCAGAUAGCAGGCGUGGACAAAGAUGGACGGGCCCUGCAGCCGCACGUGCGAGUGUGGGACAGCGUCAGUCUGGCCACCCUGCAGGUCAUCGGCGUGGGAACCUUUGAGCGAGGCGUCGGCUCGCUGGCCUUCUCCAAAGCAGACUCCGGUCAGCACCUGAGCGUGAUCGACGACUGCAACGACCACAUGUUGACUGUUUGGGAUUGGCAGAAGAAGUCCAAGAUCGCUGAGAUAAAGACCACCACAGAGGUGGUCCUGGUUGUGGAGUUCCACCCCACAGACCCAAACACCAUCGUCACCUGUGGCAAGUCCCACAUCUUCUUCUGGACCUGGUCAGGGACUUCGCUGGCUCGUAAACAGGGCAUUUUUGGGAAAUACGACAAGCCAAAGUUCAUUCAGUGUCUGGCGUUCCUAAGCAACGGAGACAUUUUGACCGGGGAUUCUGGCGGAGUCCUCCUGGUCUGGACCAGGAACUCUGCAGAGACCCCCACAGGGAAAGGACCAAGGGCAUUUCAGAUUAGUCGACUGGUCAAGGGUCACGAGGGCAGUGUGUUCUGCAUAUGUGAAAUGAGGAGUGGCACCCUGCUGACCGGAGGAGGAAAAGACCGAAAGAUUAUUCUGUGGGACCACGAAAUCCGAGCCGAGCGCGACAUUGAGGUUCCGGACCAGUACGGAACCAUCAGAGCUGUAUCCGAGGGGAAGGGAGAUGAGUUUUUGGUGGGCACGUCCCGUAAUUUUAUCCUUCGAGGGACCUUCAACGACGGCUUCACAGUGGAAGUCCAGGGUCACACGGAUGAGCUGUGGGGGUUGGCGUCCCACCCGUCCCGAGAACUGUUCCUGACGUGCGCUCAGGACCGCCUGGUCUGUCUGUGGAACGCCGCCAGUCACAGUCUGCAGUGGAGCAAAAGCGUGGAGGAACACGGCCACUGUGCGGACUUCCAUCCCAGCGGAGCGGUCGUCGCCAUAGGAACGCAUUCGGGAAAGUGGUACGUUCUGGACGCCGAGACCACCGACCUGGUGGCCAUCCACACCGACGGCAACGAGCAGCUGUCGGUCAUGCGCUUCUCUGUGGAUGGCGUCCUGCUGGCCGUGGGGUCACAUGACAACUUCAUUUACCUCUACAGCGUGGCCGACAGAGGACGCAAGUACAGCCGCUACGGGAAAUGUUCAGGUCACUCCAGUUACAUCACACACUUGGACUGGUCACCUGACAACAACUUCAUCAUGUCCAACUCUGGCGACUACGAGAUUCUUUACUGGGACGUUCCAAACGGCUGCAAACUGAUCAGGAAUAAAUCCGAGUGUAAAGACAUCGACUGGGCGACUUACACCUGCGUGCUGGGAUACCAUGUGUUUGGUGUGUGGCCGGAGGGAUCAGACGGGACCGACAUCAACGCUCUCAUCAGGUCGCACAACCGGAAGGUGAUGGCGCUGGCAGAUGAUUUCUGUAAGGUUCACCUGUUUGCGUACCCGUGCUCCACCUUCAAGGCUCCCAGCCACAAGUACAGCGCGCACAGCAGUCACGUGACCAACGUCAGCUUCAUGCACAACGACAGUCACCUGAUCUCAACGGGCGGGAAGGACACCAGCAUCAUGCAGUGGCGACUGGUGGAGAAGUCGACCAGCUCGCUGACCGACAGCCACCCCGUGCCCGCCCCCUCUAGAGCGGACCCCGUCCCCGCCCCCACCAGGGCGGACCCCGUCUCUGCACCCUGCAGGGUGGACCCCGUCCCCGCCCCCUGCAGGGUGGACCCCGUCCCCGCCCCCUUCAAGGCGGACCCCGUCCCCGUCCCCGCUCCUUGCAGGGCGAACCCCGUCCCCGCCCCCUCCAGGGCGGACCCCGUCCCUGGUCCCACCGAGGACGGCGCCCUUCCCCCGACGGCCAACGGGGCCCUAGAGUUGUCGACGGAAACGCCCCCGCCGCCCACCGAGUUGUCGACGGAAACACCCCCGCCGCCCGCCGACCUAGCGCUGCCCGCCUUGGAAUUAACUCCGCCCCCCUCCGAGGCGAGUCCGCCCCCGUCCGACAGCACGGUGAGUUUGAAGGACAGCCUGGACCCCAGCGACGACGCGGCCACGCCCAGCGACGAGGGCCUUCCCCCUCUCACGCCCCCCACAUAGGAGCGUGCGCGCGGGGACACAUUUCAAGAAGUCUCAGUGGGACACAACCUGCAUUGACAUAUUCCUCUCCAAUUUCAAAACAAUUGUUUUCAUCGCUGAGAUGUUUUUACAUGUCAUUUUAAAUCCUCCUCCAUGAUUCUUUUGUGAGAAAUCUUUUUUUUAAACGUCAGAGUUUGUCGGCGGCCAGCCUGUUUUGUAAGACGUUUUAAUGAUGCUUUUGUAACGGACAACGCUUCAAAGUAAUCCCUCACUGCGGACUGCAGGCGAACACAACAUAGGCCUCGUUCACACUGCAGGUCAAUUCCCUUGUUUUCCCCAAUAUGCGGCCUGAAUCGGAUUUUUUUCAUGUCAGUGCGAUUUCGUAUUUUUACAUAUCUCUUUUAUAUGUGGAAUUAAAUAUAUAUGCGAUGCGUCCUUUUUUGAACGCUCCCGCGCUCAGGUCGCAUUCUUCCGACCAGAACGUCAUCAAAAUAAUCAUAAUUAUUCGUCAAUAUAGGCGGUUAAAAAAUAAAUAGUUAACAGGGUAAAAAUAAAAUGUUUUGGGAACUCACGGUUGAGUUCCACCACUCCUGUCUCAGACUGCUCGUAGCAAAAUAUCCCGUAAAACUGCGAGAGACAAAAUACUUGUCCUCUUCUUUCUUAAUAUUCUACGUACGAUAAUUUGGUUUAGAAAAUGUUGAGCGUAAUUGCACAAAAUCCUUGAAAUUGCCACAAACGCAUCAGACUGUGGAAAGUAUGUUUACUUCCGUAAACAAUGCAAUGCGUGCGGCGUUAUGACGUCAUAUCCGCAGGCGGGUCACAUUCUCCAUCGCAUUUUUUUGUAACAUGAAAAGAUGGGAUUUGACCAAAAAAAAAAUCCGACCCUGCAGUGUAAACGUAGCCAUGAACUUCCAAAACUGUGACUAACAAUGUUAAGGAGAAACUGGAGUGAAGUGUGUUUCCGUUAGCGCCAGGAGGCAUCGUUUUUAAGAUUUAAAAACAGGCGGCCAAUCAGGAGCGAGUAUUCCCGGUGGACUCAUCUGAUUGGUUGGAAUUACCUCUGGACCGUAUGUCUUCACAAAUGUCCAUUCUGCCUUCCAAAAAAGUUGUCUGCUUGUUUUUGUUUUUUUUUGUUUUGUUUUUUACGCUGGUGUGUGAAGUGCCACACCUUCAUCGAGGGGCGGGGCUAGGACUGCUCUUUUUAGGGGAACUUUCUGGAUUCAAAUGUUAUGUGACGUUAAUCAUGUUCAAGUGAGCCAUUCUUGUCUUCUGUCAUGCAUUCCUGUAAAGUACGUGGACCGUGGAUGCAAAUAAAAACGGAUGACAAAUUA